CGAAAAAAUCUCAUAGUACUGAGUACAGGCCGCAGUGGAUCUUCCUUACUUGGUUCCUUAUUCGACAAUAAUCCGCACGUCAUGUAUUGGUUUGAGCCUCUAUAUACUAUCAUGAAACGAAUCCCUAUGAAACGGCAGCCAACAAAAUACAAAGAAACAACCACCAGCGUUAUCGAUAGCUUCUUUCAAUGCGGCUUUGACAAAGUUGACAACACUAUUUUAUCGGCGCUUUCGAGAAGUAUACACCGCAAAAAAAGUAAAGCGCUCUCUAAAAGGCAGUUGCCCCAGUUUACGAGUCAACUUCUUACCAAUGCUUGUAAGAGUUACGAUCACACAGUGAUCAAGAUUUUGUCUGCAAGAGUACCCAGUACAACAAUACUGACUUUAGAGAAACUUUUCCAAGAACAAAAUCAAUAUGAUGCAAAACUGGUUCACUUGGUUCGCGAUCCAAGAGGAGUGGUCUAUUCCAGGGUUAAGCUAGGAUGGAUGAAGAAAAACUUCAACAGCCCCGAAUUUCGGAAAAGUGUUCAAAACAUAUUUGAUCCAAUACUUCAGAAUAUACGACUUGGUCUGUUUUCUUGCCCAUCUUGGCUUAGAGAUCGCUUUAAAGUUGUUCGCUAUGAAGAUCUUGUGGCGAAUAUGGUAAAUGUUACAAGUGACCUUUAUAACUUUGCAGGAUUGGGUUGGUCAUCUAACGUUGAUAAGUGGAUAAGUACUCUAGCCAACAAUUCCCAGCACGGACGCGCUUAUUCCUUGUUAAGAAACGCGUCAAUUUCUAUGAACAUUUGGAGACACGCACCUAAACCCCUGAUAGAAGCUGUGGAAGAUGUAUGCGCGGAUCUCAUGGAUCUUUUGGGAUACGAGAAAAUGAUAAUAAAGUAA